CCGGCAUGAGCAGCAACCCCCGAGUGUGUUGUUCUUGCCUCUAUGUGUGAUCGUUGCCGCUCGAUUCUGCGCCGUCGUGUGUUCGCGCAGGGCGGCUCCUACACCGCCGCCUUCGCCCGACGCUCUCUUCCUGGCGUUGCCACCGUGCACCCUUCCGGGUGACGUGCAAAUGGUGGCGUAACGCGCGUGGUCGGCGAAAGGAGGUGAAAGGAGAGCCUCGCGUUCUGUGCGUGCGUGAGUGCGUGCGUGCGUGGGUGCGUGCGUGCGUGAAACCGUCGCCUCGAGCCCGCUGCCGGACAGCAGUCGACGAGAGGCUGCGUUUCCUGACGUCUUGCCGUCAGUCACGAUGGUCACCGACAACACCAGUCAGGCUGAUGACACGACAGCAUUUCUCCGCGCUGCUCGGUCCGGCAACCUCGAGAAAGUGGUCGAGUUUCUCGACACCGACUUGGAUAUUAACACAGCCAACUCGAACGGUUUAAAUGCCUUGCAUUUAGCCUCGAAGGAUGGCCACGUCGAGAUAGUAACCGAGCUCUUGAAGAGAGGCGCGAAGGUGGACGCGGCGACGAAGAAGGGUAACACCGCGUUGCACAUAGCUUCGUUAGCCGGCCAGUCCGAAAUAGUCAAUAUUCUAAUUCAAUACGGUGCCGCGGUUAACAUCCAAUCACAAAAUGGAUUUACACCUUUAUAUAUGGCCGCGCAGGAGAAUCAUGACCAAGUCGUCAAGCUCCUGCUCAGCAAUGGAGCCAAUCAGAGCCUUGCGACGGAGGAUGGAUUUACGCCACUCGCGGUGGCGAUGCAGCAAGGCCACGACAAGGUGGUCAGCGUCCUGCUGGAGAACGACUCGAAGGGCAAGGUCAGACUGCCGGCUCUUCACAUCGCCGCUAAGAAAGACGAUUGCAAGGCAGCUGACCUGCUUCUGCAGAACGAUCAUAAGCCCGACGUGACAUCGAAGAGCGGCUUCACCCCUCUCCAUAUCGCCGCUCAUUAUGGAAAUGAGGAGAUAGCGCGGUUAUUGAUAAAACGAGGAGCCGAUGUAAAUUAUUUAGCUAAGCACAAUAUCAGUCCGCUGCACGUGGCAGCAAAAUGGGGCAAGAACAACAUGGUCAAGAUACUCUUGGAAAACUCGGCGCAGAUCGACGCCAAGACCAGAGACGGCUUAACACCUCUUCACUGCGCGGCGCGAUCAGGCCACGAGCAGGUGGUCAGCACGCUCCUGGAGAAUUCGGCGCCGAUCAGUGCACGCACAAAGAAUGGACUCGCGCCAUUGCACAUGGCCUCCCAGGGAGACCACGUGGACGCCGCGAGAGUACUGUUGUACCAUCGAGCGCCGGUGGACGAGGUGACCAUCGACUACCUGACCUCGUUGCACGUAGCUGCGCACUGCGGCCACGUCAGAGUGGCCAAGUUGCUGCUCGAUCGCAAGGCCGACCCGAACGCACGAGCGCUGAACGGCUUCACGCCGCUCCACAUCGCCUGCAAGAAAAAUCGCAUCAAGGUGGUGGAGCUCCUGCUGAAGCACGGCGCGUCCAUCGAGUCUACCACCGAGUCCGGACUGACUCCGUUACACGUGGCCAGUUUUAUGGGGUGCAUGAAUAUCGUGAUAUUCCUACUGCAGCAUGAAGCGAAUCCUGACGUGCCGACCGUCAGGGGCGAAACACCCCUGCAUCUGGCGGCUAGGGCUAAUCAAACAGACAUUAUUCGAAUUUUGCUAAGAAACGGUGCCAAAGUCGAUGCACGUGCAAGGGAACAGCAGACGCCGCUUCACAUCGCCUCACGGCUCGGCAAUAUCGACAUCGUCAUGUUGCUGUUGCAGCACGGCGCGGCCGUCGACACCGCCACGAAGGACAUGUACACGGCGCUGCACAUCGCGGCGAAGGAGGGUCAAGAGGAGGUAGCAGCCAUUCUCGUGGAGAACAAUGCUUCUCUCAAGGCUGCGACGAAAAACGGCUUCACACCUUUACAUAUCGCGGCCAAGUACGGCAAUAUGAAUGUCGCAAAUAUACUUUUGCAGAAGGAGAGUAAGCUCGACGUCCAAGGAAAGAACGAUAUCUCACCCUUGCACUUGGCGUGCCACUACGACCACCCUAACGUAGCGAAUCUUUUAUUAGAAAAGGGCGCGUCCCCCCAUCUCGCGUCGCAGAAUGGCCACACACCGCUCCACAUCGCAGCUCGCAAAAAUCAGAUGGACAUCGCAUCGACUCUCUUGGAGAACGGAGCGAACGCGAACGCAGAGUCCAAGGCGGGUUUCACCCCGCUGCAUCUGAGCGCGCAGAAGGGCCAUUACGAUAUGACGAAUUUGCUGAUCGAGCACGGCGCCGAUCCCAAUCACAAGGCGAAGAACGGGCUCACGGCAUUGCAUUUGUGCGCGCAAGAGGAUUUCAUUAGGGUGGCCUCCAUUCUGGUGAAGAACGGGGCCGACGUCGAGAGCCGAACCGAGACUGGCUAUAGGCCGAUACACGUGGCCGCCCACUUCGGAAAUUUGUCGAUGAUACGCUUCCUGCUGAAGCACAACGCCGAGAUCGACGUCAGAACUAAUCAGAACUACACGCCGCUUCAUCAGGCCGCUCAACAAGGCCACGCUCACAUCGUUACCGCUUUGUUGGAGGGGAAUGCCUCGCAUAAAGCGCGUACUAACGACGGCUUGACGGCGUUGAACAUAGCUCAAAAAUUGGGAUACAUCUCUGUGAUGGAGGUGCUGAAGGGCUUGCCUUACGACAGCAUGACGCCGGAUAAUAAGAAUUGGGAGGAAAAGUACAGAGUCAUAGCUCCUGAGAGCUUGCAGGAGACCAGCUUCAUGUCCGAUUCGGACGACGAGGGAGGCUCUGACGCGUUGAUCAGCGAGCAACCUUAUCGGUAUCUCACGGCGGAUUUGAUGAAGAGUCUGAGGGACGACUCGUUGCCCAUCGACGUCACCAGAGACGAUCCGAUACACAGACAAGUUACAAAAGAAGAGAAGCAGGAAUUCACACAAAGCAAUAAUUACUGUUUAGCAGAGAACUUCGACAGCACCGAUGGACUGAAUCUAGGGAGGCUGCACUUCAGAUCAUUUUUGGUGAGCUUCCUGGUGGAUGCGCGUGGCGGUGCGAUGAAGGGGUGCAGACACAGCGGUGUACGCAUCAUCGUGCCACCUCGAAGAGCGACGAUGCCGAUUCGCGUAACUUGUCGCCUGGUGAAACCUAACAAAGUGGCGAAUCCACCGCCGUUGAUGGAAGGAGAGGCCUUCGCGACGCGAAUUAUCGAGAUGGGUCCGGUCGGCGCGAGAUUUUUAGGACCCGUCUUAAUCGACAUCCCACACUUUGCAUCCAUCCGCGGCAAGGAACGGGAGAUCAUCAUCCUAAGAAGCGAGAACGGGGAGACUUGGAAGGAACACGAUAACUCGGUGGAUAACGACGAUACUCUUCUCAAUACUCCUCACGAUCCUCAGAUGAGCGCCACGCACUCGGGCAGAAUCACUCGCAUCAUCACCACGGACUUUCCGCAAUACUUCGCGAUUGUGACGCGGAUCAAGCAGGAAGUUCACGUGAUCGGCGCCGAGGGCGGCAUUUUGAUAUCGAGCGUGGCCAGUCACGUACAGGCAGUUUUCCCCGCAGGAGCGUUAACGAAGAAGAUCAAAGUCGGAUUACAGGCGCACGUUAUUCCCGCCGAGCUCACGGCGAAAUUGCUCGGCAAUUGCGUCGCCGUGUCGCCGGUGAUCACGAUCGAGCCCAGAAGACGAAAGUUCCACAAACCGAUCACCCUUACGAUCCCCGUGCCGCAGGCUGCGAACAAGGGGAUGAUCAACCAAUAUGGCGGAGAGACGCCUACGCUGCGACUUUUGUGCAGCAUCGCGGGUGGCACUAACGAAGCGCAGUGGGAAGACGUCACCGGUUCGACGCCGUUGACCUUCAUGAACGACAGGGUGUCGUUCACCACCACCGUUUCCGCGAGGUUUUGGCUAAUGGAUUGCAGAAAUAUCGUUGCAGUGCCGAAAAUGGCGACGGAGUUGUACGAGGAGUCAUUACACGUACCGUAUAUAACGAAUUUCAUUAUAUACUCGAAGAGGAUGGACGUAUUGGAAGCUACCUUGCGAAUAUUGUGCAUGACCGAUGGCAAGGAAGGCAUGCAUACCUUGGAGAGGCAAGAGGAAUUUUUAGAAAUCGUUAAAAGUCGUGAUGUUGAGGCGCUUGAUGGAAAAGAUCUUUACAUCGAAUUUAGUGGCAAUUUAGUACCGGUAACAAAGUCCGGGGUACAACUAAAAUUCACGUUCAAAGCUUUCCGGCAAAAUCGCUUGUCGUUUCAUGUUAAAGUAAAGGAUCCGUUAUUGGAUCCCGUUGCGAGGAUGUUGUUCAUGCGAGAGCCGAAAGUCGCUAAGGGAGAACCAGCUCAACAACCUAUUUGUGUAUUAAAUAUUGUCCUACCGGAAAUUAUUACCAAAGAGGAGAUACAAAAGAAGUUGAAAGGUUACGAAGAUUCUAAUAUCAUAAAUCAAAAGUUAGAUUAUUACAAAUCAAAAUACAAAACGGAACAGAUGGAGAAGUCCGACAAGCCUAAAGAGACUUCGCCGGAGAAGAAAUUUAUAACGGAUACGUUGCAGAAGGAACAAACAGAUGCCGCUAUCCACGAAUCCCUUGCACAAAAAGCGGCUUGUCCCCUAGAAUCCGUAGAUGCUAGUUAUCCCAAUAAAGUAGGCGCCGAUCAGGAACCGGACCUGUCGCCGGAACUCGAGAGGCAGACCUACUCGGAGAAGCGCAAAUUCUGGGAGGACAUCUCGAGGAAGCGCGCGAGCUAUCAGCGAUCCGAAUCCGAGGUGUCGAGGGCCUCACAGCUCACCAUCAACGAGAGCGACAGCGAGUCCUGCCUGCCGAACGUCGUGUCCGAGGAAGAUGGUACCACCGAGGGUAUCUCAGACGUCAUAAGGUCAGAGACUAUCGAGGACAUCAACGUGCCGGACAUCUCGGAAUGCUCGGUGGCGGAGAAGGCGCACUACUUCGAGGAGCAGAUACAGAAAGAGAUGGCAAAGGGCUCGCCGAGACUGCCUCACCAGGAGUCAGUCAAGUCCGAGAAGGAGCGGCUCUUCAAGGGUAAGUCGAUCGAGGAUCAAAAGAGCCGGACAGAGAAAAGCGCGCUAGAGAUGGCGAAGGAGAAUAUUGAUAUCGAGGAAAAGCAUGUGGCGGAGGCGAGGGAGAUAGAGAAGAUCCUGAAGACUACGGAGGAGAUCAAGUGGACGAAGGAAGCGCGAAGAGAAUCGAAGGACAUCGAUAAAAAGGAGAAGGACACGGACGAGGGCAAAGAGAUGCGCGAGGAAGUGCAAAAGAUAAUAGCUCAGCCGGUGAUGGAGAUUUGCAAGGAGCUGUUGAACAAGGAGAGACAGCUCGCCGAGGAGCCGCAGGUGAGUCACGCAAAGGCGGAAGAGAUGGCGGAAAAGGAAACAAAAGACGAGAUGCUGAGGAAGAUGACGGAGAUGAUCGUGAAAGUGGAGGAACGUGCGAAGCCGGAACGUGAGAAGGAGAAAGUAUCGUUAAGAACUGAGAUGUCGCAGGAGGAGUCGGAUGUUAUAAGGAGAGAAGCUGUGAGGGAUAUAGAAGAAACAGAAAAAGUGGAGCAAAUAAUGGAGGUUAAGACAAUAUCGGACCAGACGAGAGCGAGAGAAGUUAAGAGAGAAGUUAAGGAAGAAGUUAGAGAGGAAAUGCCAAGACCGACGAGAACGCUGCAGGAGAUUACAACGACGGAGCCCACAACCACAAAAGAGGAAAUCGUCAGGAGAGCACCGGAGAAGCUGGAACUCGUUGAAGACGUUACUGCGCCGAAGGAGGCGACAGGUAUCGUUGAGAAAACCGACGAGAAGCAAAGGCCGGAGACAUCAAUGAGCAAGGAGAUCGUCAAGGAGAAGUCGUCCGGCAGACGAAUAAUUACGGAGGAGACAACGAUCAUCUACAAGGUGCAAAAGGACGGGACUCUGGUGCAGGAGCAGAUCAUGAAAUCAGUGCAGAUCGAGGGCGCUCAGCCGGUCACACAAGUCCCGGAAGCGAGCAUGGAGACGAAAGUGCUCGAUAAGGGCUUAACGGACACCGCGUACGAGGUGCAGAUGACAGGCGACGUGGAGAGAUUGCGAAUGGGAAUUAAGACCGAAUCGGUUCCUUUGGACGUGAAGAAAGAGAUCGAGCAGUUUCUCGAGGGAGGGAAACGAGUGGCCGCAGAGGAAGUGGAAACGACAGAAAGGAAGCUCGAGAUAGAGGAGAUCAAAAUGACCGAGGCUGAAUUACCGAUUCAAGAAGAAGCGGCCGAGUCACUGCAGAAGGCAGAAGAAACAGUCGCCAAAGCAGCCGAGGACAUUACCCUCGAGAGGAAACUCGUCGCUGAGGCGGAGAUUAAGCAGGUGAAGAAGGAGUCCCGCAUUCCGAUUUCCGCAGCGAUGGCCGAGAAGGAUAAGAGCCAAAAGGAGGCGAAAGCCAAAACUUCGCCGGAGAAGCUCGAAGAGAAGCCGAUCAAAAGCCCGGAUACAGAGAAGGAGAAAGACGCUUCACCUCCCGGCAAGAAGAAAGAAUUCGAAUCUCGCAUACCAAAACGCAUUGUGGAAAGUGCAACGAUGAAGGAGAAAGAGAUAAAGAAGGAUCAGCCAGGACGAAAGGAUGGUGAAACGAUCACAAUCACCGAGAAGAAGUCCAGCGAGGAGGUGAUGUCGCGGCACGAGGAACACUCCACCACGAAGAGCAAGACAUUCUCCAAGACCUUCACCGACGCGCAGGACGCGUUCAAGAUGUUCGAGGACAUGAGCGCGAUGAAAGACAAGGACUUCGCAACAGUCACGUCGAAGGUGGACACGAAAGCAAGCAGUAAAGUGGAGAAGAAGGAAAUGGUUUCGUCAGAAAUAUCCAGUGGUGCGGACAAGUUCAUCACUCACGAAGAGAAAGAGAAGAUUGAGCGAAAGAAGUCCUCGGAAUCCAAGCUGACUAAGGAGUCGCCAGCCGAGACGAUAGAAGAGAAGAAGAGCAAGAGUGAAGAGGUAGACAAAACGACUGUACAAAAGAUGUCGAUGAAUUUGACGGAAGGCAAGGAAGUGAUAGACGCCAGUGCUUCCGAGUCCAAAGUGGAGAGCAAAAAAGAAGGACAGUUCAAGUCAUUGGAGGACAAGGAAGGUACCGCGACGCAAGAAUCAGGGUCUACUAGAAUCAGAGAGAGCGACGUCGAUGUGGCGAUUAGGAUCAAGAGAGACGACACGAAGAAGGUGGAAGACACGAAGGAAUCGCCCAAGACGACCGCUGAGAAAAUGGGCCUGGGGAAGGUUGAGAUGAUCGCGCAGGGCCAAUCUUACAAAGAGAGCUCGGAAAGUUUCAAGGUCGAGCAGUUCAUUCCCAGCCAGAAGACGCAGGACGAAGCGAGGAAGGACGAGGUACCCGCGAGAGAGGAAGUCCCGGAGUCCUUGGAGAAGAGACAACAAAUGGUCGCCAAGAAGAUCGAGGCGCGGAACAUAGCGGAGGAUCUGAUACACUCAAUCGAGAGCGAGAUCGAGAGGAGAUCGUCGACGUCAGGAUUGAAGCCUCAGAUGCUGAGCAAAGAAUAUAUAGAUCAACUGGUGUCCGAGAGUAGCGAUACCGACCACGAGAAGCUGGCGGACGAUUUGACGAAGAAGUUCGAGAGUAUAAUAAAGCGCUCGUGGGACGAGCAACCAGGAGAGGACAAAAUGGAUCACCCGGUGUUGUCGAAAACAUCCAUGGAUGACACGUUCGAGAGAGGCUCCACCAGGGACAGUAUAAGCGAGGACUUAACGAAAGACGAAGAGUCAUCACCUCAUGACAAGGAGAGCCUGCAGUUGUCAUCAUCGCACGCCAGGCUGCAGGACAGAGAUAUCACGAUGAGUCCGAGCAGCAUAUCCGACCAGAUCGAUCUCGAGGGAACGAUCGACGUUGACACCAACGAACUGGAAGACAUAUCCAAGCCAACGUUCAGUCCGCAAUCAGAGAAACUCCGAUCGGACAGGUCAAGUGGCCACAUCGAGCCGUUGCAGAAGGACCUAUUCAGCGACACCAGCUUGUCGAAGGAUAAGAUCGUGUCGGAGCUCUCAGGUGCCAGAGUGUUGGAGAUCUUGGAACCAGGAGACAGCCGGCAAGACUCGGUGGAUGUGCCGUCCUUGGAACUGGACGAACACAAGUUCUCCGAGCAGACCAGCAGAGACGUAGCGUCUCUGCAUGAGAGCGCGGCGAUGGAUUCCUUGGACAAGAUCGCCCAAGAGAGAGACGUGACCGUGAGUCCUAGUACGGUGUCCGAAGAUGUCAACGCGGAUUAUCCUUUAGCUCACGAGCAAGCAGCGGUACCUCCGAGGGAGCACGACGCGGUGGUGCGAAGAGCGGACAGUUUCGAGAUCGAGAGUCCGCCGCUGGUCUCGCCACGGAUGAAACUGGUACACGAUUUGGAUAUCAAGUCGGUCAACUGGAUGAUCGGCGACGAGAAGAUCGUGAUAACAGAGGCCAUGCAGCCGUCGGAGGCGUUCAAUCAGGAACUGGAAGAGUACGAACGACAUGCUCGCACUUCCUCUCAAGACGAGUCCAUGGAUUUGGAACAAGAAUCGGUGACCAAAUCCUCGGAGGAUAUCAGCGUGAUUGAGUCGGUCAAGGAGACCGUCGCCGGCGGCGACGCCGUCACCUUGACCAUCACGACGCCAGCAAUCACGAAAGCCAGCAAGUUCACGGUAGUGCCGGUGACUGAGCCGGACUUGGACAGCGAACUGAUAGAGGAUAAGCUGGACGUCACGUGUCAAGAGCUGGUUGACACGCUGCAACGGGAAUACGACGCCAAGACCCCGACGGACGAGUUCGCAGCCGGUGUGCGACAAUCGAUACCCCGAGAAGAUUUCGACCUAGAGGCGAGCAUCACCGAAGCCGUGACGGAAGUUGUUCCCGUGAAAGAAGAAGAAGCGAAAGAUUUGACGGAGGAUGUGGCCGUGGAAAUUACGGUUUCCCCACGUGAUGUUCCUACGACACUAGUGGAGACUGUCGAGCCAACCGACGUUAGCAAGAUUACCGCGGCGAAAGCGGAAGAAGACUCUGCGCAACGGGUAGCUGAAGAAACGCAAAAACAGCCAGAAGUGGAGGAGUCGACGGAGAAGACAGGAAAGCAAGCGGAUGUUGCGCGAGAAGACACGGGAGAAACGCAGGAAGGCGCCGCGAUGGAGGAAUCGGAUUUACCGAGGCGUACGACGAUCGACGACGUGCUGAAGGAGUGGGCGGAAAGCUAUCGGCCAAGGAUGAGGAGCGAGGAAUACAAGCGACACAUGGAGAAGAGCAACGAGAAGCACGACAAGCCGAGCAAGUCGACGACUUCGCAUACCGAUACCUGUGCCUUCAAAAUAAAGAAAGACGAUCUGCAGAGUGUUGAUCUAAGUGCGCGAUAUGCAAUUACAGUGUUGGAUCAGGUGGUGAAGAAGGAGAUCGCUGAGGUGAAGGAGUCCUUGGAGGCGGCCCAGCAGGAUCUCAUAGAGGAACUGAGCGAAAACAGCGAGACCAUGAUACAGAUCAAAGAUUCGCCCUCGGAGUUCCAGUUCAAGCUCCAGCCGGAGUCCAUCCCGAACGACUUGCCAUUUUUGUACAGACCACCACUAUCGUCCACCGAACACGUCCCCACGGAGACCGAAGCGGAGAUCCAAGCUGAAGCUGCACGAAGCGAAUCGCCAGAAGCUCCGAAACUCGUCGAGUCGACAGCAGAGAAAGUCGAAGAGAAGCCCGUCGAAGACGAGCCGAUUGUCGAAGCAGCCGCUGCUGAAGACGAAGACAAGCCAACUGCUGUUGCUCAAGCGCCCGAAAUCGACAUUGAGAAACACGAAACUGAGACCAUAAUAGCCGUCCAAGAGGAGUCGAGAGAAGACGAAGAAGACGAUCAUCCCAGCCCGCUUCCCGCGAGUAUAUCAGGCUCGGACAUAGACAAUAGAGACGACAGUUACUCCUUAGCACCACCCUACCCGGCACCAAGAAGACGCCAAAAGCCGGCAAGAAUAUCCAAGAGAGUGAAGACCUCCGAGAGCGAAGCUGGCUCGAGCUCCGGCGAGAGCAGCAACUACCAAUCUUGCGACUACGAGGUCGGCAGCGGAAGUAGACCCAGUUCAUCCGACAUCGAGGCUCUACAAUCCGCGGGUGUGCAGUCAGGAACCGUCUCCGAAUACGAGACGGCGAUGAUGUCGAUCGAACAGUCAGCAUCGAGACCGACAUCUCAGGACUACCAGACUGCAGCGAGUACGUUGAGUUCACGCGAGUCCAUGAAGUCCUUGAAUUCCUUGAGCUCGGGCCACCUCGGCAGCAUCGACAGCACCAGCGAGCUGUCGGAGACAUUGGUACCGUCGGACGUGGACGCGGACAAAGACGAGAUCGACGAGAACCUGGAGAGCGCGUUGGAUGCUGAACAGGAGGCCGAGGCUUCGGACUCCUCCGGUAGCGACAUACCGAUGGACGAGGCGAUGGACAAGAUCGACAGUCAUAUACCAUGUCGCAUGAAGCGCUCGUCCGAGAUGAUCUUCCAGCAGAUCAUGGACGACAGCGUGAGCGUGGAAACGGAGUCUAUGGAGGAGGCGUUGGAGGAAGACGCCAAGGUUAUGGACUCCGCCACUUCCGCCUACAUGGACGCGCCCGGUGCUGUUCAGUCGGUCGACAUCAUGACGUCGCGGGUCACCGAGGACGGAGUUCAGAGCGUAUGCACGCAGGUGAUCUCCACGCGAGUUACGAGACCGAGCGACAGCGAAGAGCCUGAGGAGAGGGCUUUGGAGGAGGAUGUGGAGAAAAGCCUAGAGAAAGACGCGGCGGAGGCGGAAACGGCGGAGGGUCUGGAGGAAAAAUCGACCGGCGAGGCUGGAGAGGAAGGCGUCGAGCCGGCGGCGCAGACGUCCGUCCACUCGAUGCUGCAGCAGGCCAGUAUGUCCUUGUCGUCGGCGUCGGGCAUGUCCUUCGACACCGUUAUAGAGAAGGACAAGUCCGAACGUCACUCCCACUCUCCUGACAGCGACUCAUUCGAGCUCGUGGACAAGCCCGACAUCAUCGACGACUUCGUGGUGAUCGAGGAGGUCGGGCGGGAGGCGGAGGAGUUCGACUCCGAGGGCAAGAGUAUCCGCAUCAGCUCGAUACCUCAGGUGACCAGCAAGAACUACGACCGCGACCUGGAGAACCUAAUCGCGGAGAACAAGGAGGACACGCAGGUGUCCAGCAGCCAAACGUCCACGAAGAACAACGACCUGUUCGACUUCGAGUCCGAGGAGAGCCCGCCGCAGGCUUCCAACGACGACCAGUACUCGCAGUCUUACUCGGACGAGGAGCAGUACGAAGGUAAAAAGUGGAUAGAGAUGCAGUUCCACUCGGACGCGCGCGUCUACGACAUCGAGUACGACCGCGGCCCGUUGGAGGACAUCAAGGAGGAGGAAGUCACGGAUUUCGAGGCCGGCAGUAGCAGAUUCGGCAGCCUCGGCAGCCACAAGGAGUCGAUCGGUAGCGUGGGCAGUAUGCGCGGUAGUUUCGGCAGCACGCCGGAGUACGACGUCCUCGCCGGCAAGAAGUACUUCAGCAAGCCCACGGACCACGACACCGUGUCGCUCACGUCGCUGCAGGAGUUCGAGAGCCUGGAGAGCGCCGUCGCGGCCGAGAACUCGCGGCGGCUGCAGUGCGGCUCGCAGGACUCCAUCAACAACGGCAGUCUUCCGAGGAGGUAUAUGACCGGCCGCUCGGGCCACGGCGACGACGUCUCCUUGUCCUCGCUGAAGGACUUCGAGGGUCUCGAGCGAGCCUGCAGGGAGGCGCACAUGAUCGAGCUGCGCGCCCGCGAGGAGGAGGAUCUACUGGAGCACGAGAGCCCGGAGACCAAGUACAAGAUGGAGAACCUGCCGCGCUCGAGGACGGAGACCAGCGCGGCGGGUUCGUUCAACCCCAGCACCUCGGGGUCGGACGACUACGAGAAGAGGAUAAAGGAGAUCGACGAGAUCAUACGUAUCGCGCAGUCCAAUGUGGAGAGGCUCGAUCGGCAGGACGACACUACGGAGGACAUCUCGCAGAUCGAAAUUACCGAUACCGAACGAGUCGUCGUGCAACCGACCACGCAGACCUUGCUGGAAGAGAUGGAGCCUCAAAUGGAGGAACGGAGGGAGAAGGUGGAAGAAGAAGAAGAAGAAGAGGAAGCUCGAGCGCUGAAGGAGGGCAACGUGAUGGAAACCAGCACAGACUCCUUGGAACUGGAGGACAACGUCGAGAAGAAGUAUCACCCGCUGUGUCGCAGCUCCGACUCCCUGGAGAUGAAGACUACCCUGGACUUCCCGUCUCUGAGCUCAGACUCGCUCAACAACGUGAGGGACACGAGGGAGACGCCGGUCGACAUGGCCGGCGGCAAUCAAUUCGGCGGUAACGGCCGACGUAUCUCGUCGGACUCUCUUGACAUGCCUUUGCUGGAGCAACAGGAUAUCGGAGCGCCCGAGAGAAGAAGCAGCGACAGUGAUGACCGUCACGCAGACGACGCGGCGGUUGACAGUUCCGCGGGACAAACACCUUCGACGGAGACUCAAGCGAGAAACGGCAAGACGAAAACGUCAACAAGUAGCGAUACAUAGGACAAUUUUCGUAGAUAGCGGACCAUCGAGGACUUGCCACGACUUCAAAACUAUAUUACCGAGUAACUCAAGAAGCUUUACAUGUAAAACACGAUAUUAAAAAAGAAAUAAUGUACUAAAGAACUCACGCGCGCGCAUGCGCGCGCAGCGUGCAUUGUGGAUAUAUAAGAUACUAUUAUAUUCGUCUUUGUUUUACGCGAUGUCUUCUGAGAGCAUUUAUAUUGACGCUUAUAAGUAAGAUAGUUACGAACUUCGAAAUAUAAUAUUGUUUCGUUUCUCAAGACGAGAGAGGAAGUGCGUGGCGAGGAAGGGCGCUUGCUUGUUUAUCAUUAUUGAAUUUUCGGACAGAUUGCGCGAUUUGCGACGGUUCUCUUGGCUGUAUUCGUCCGACGGGAACGCGGAGCGACUUUGCUUCACUGUUUUGGGAAUCUUUACAUACGUGCGUUACGUUGCGUUUUUCGAGCAUAUAUAUAUAGAUAUAUUUUAAAAAGUGCUACUUACGUGUUCUACUUGUAUUAUAACGCGUACGUCACUGUAAUGUAUUGUAGCGUGUUUUAUAAGCGUUUUCAUUAUGAGACGGUAUCUUUGUGGAUGCGCUUUCGUAAAAUUUGAUAAUGUAUUCGACGUAUCUCGUGUAUCUCGUGUAAUCAUUUCAGGCGACGUUCGCAGAGAGAAGUCAGGAAGAAAGGAAAAAAUACAAUAAUACUACCUUAUAACGCAUGUUUACGCGAAGGAUACAUAUAAUAUUUAAACAGAUAAAAAUUUUAUAUGCGAAUAUAAUAUUUAGGAGACAUUACGGACGCGGCAGCGAAGUGUAAUACGUAUUUACGUUGACAACGGACUCGACGAUCGCCCGACGAAUUAUUAUUAUUACAUUUGUUUUCCAUCUCUUUUACCGAGUACGAUGUUACCGAUUAUGUUUACACGUGCACUGUAUAUUAUUACAAGUUAACAAUGUCAUUUGAGAGGUUCGUUUCUCCUUAAUGACGAAAAUAUACAUCUGUGCAUUAUCUCGAA